CCCAUACACUCGUACUUACGCCGUACACAACUUGUAUAGGAACUAUUGUUUUAUAUCUUACUGUAUUGCGGUGUACUGUGAACUGAAAUGUAAGAUCAGAGUUACUGUACUGCGCUGUACUGCGCUGUACUAUUUGUUUACAUGUGACGCCCGGGCGUUGGCAGACGUCAUGCUGGCCAGAGUGGGGGGAUGAGGGGCGGCGUGGGGUCAAUAUGGGUUUUCGUUUGGGCUUGGGCCUUGGAAACCAGACGACGAGAAGGGUCCAUUUGCCUUUGGGCUAAGGAACUCUAAGUCGGGCUACUGAGAACGCCGUUUAUUUGUGUUUGGACUAUUUUCUACACCAAGCUGAUUUGACUUCGAGCUACCACUACACUACUUCGAACUACAACUUACUGCUUUACUACUGAAACUGGUGACUGCCUAUAAGUCAGCUCCCCAACCAUUAUGUAUAUCGCCAUCUCAGCAUAUCCGGCCUGCAUCUUUCAACCCAUACUCGAUCUGCUGCCCAACCUGCACCUGCACCUGCCUAUACAACGGCUUGCCUGAGGCGUGGGGGGAUCAAGACAAUACCAGAACCAACACCAAACGUCUCAUAUAUCGCUCAUCUCAAGAAACCCUUCCUCCUCAAGCUCCCAGCUUCUUGAAACACACAAAAAAAAUCGCCCAAACCAGCAACCAUGCAGUCAUUCACACCCCUCACCACCGACAACAAGCCCUCCCCCUCCCUCCACCAAAGAAGCAAAUACUCCUCCUCCAGCACCUCCACCAGCUCCCCGCUCUCCAACACCGCAAGCCCAAUGUCCGUCCUCCAGCCCUCCCACAACACCACCGCCUCCCCAGCAGACUGGCGCACCUCCUUUCUCUCCAUCAUCACCCCUGCCCUCCGCUUCUCCUUCGACCUCGCCUACACCACGCAGCUCCUCUUCACCAUCGUGCUCUCCUUCCUGCUCUCCCACGGCCUAUACGCUACCAAGGCACUCGCCGUGAACGCCUACCACGCCUCGCGGAUCUUCCUCAUAAACGCCUGGCACACCCUCGUGUUUGUGGGUAUCAACCUCUUCUUCGCGUCGAGGGUGGUGGGGAUCAAGACGCUGCAGGCGCUGGGGGUGGCGACGGUGUUUGGCUGGAGGAGUGGGAGUGUGGUGUCGGGCCAUGGGUGGGUGGCUGCGAGUACGGCGGUGAAGAAGGGGUGGAAGGGGACGGAGAGGGCGAGGGCGAGGGUGUUUUUUGAGUUUAUGGUUUGGUUGUUGCAUCCGUCGCCGUUGGUGUUGUUUAUUUUCUGGCCGGGGUGGAUUUUUGUGUUUAUGGGGAUGGGGUAUUAUUACUACUGCUGAGAGGAUGGUGGGGAUAGAGCAUAUAUGGUGCAUGAAGAUAUAGUCUACGAGGAGCUCUCACACGGCGAUGAAGACUCACAAGAUGAUGGGAACACUCACACACGCCGAAGACACUCAGAAAGUCGAAGAUACUUGCACAAGCCGAGGACACUCCCGCAUGUCGACGACGCGUGGGGCUCUAGCAAGGCAAAAGUUAAACUGGGCGUGCGAAAGACAUUUACAGGGUCAAAGAAGUUGGCAGUUAAAAGUCACACAAAGGCUACUGUAGGAAGCCGAUAUGUCGGAGAAGAGUUCAUCUUGACAGUUGAAGGGCUAUAGAAGGAUUACUGUUUAGUCAGAGAAGGGUUACAAUUACCACUUGAAGUAUCAAAGAGUUACUCAUAUACAAAUAAAAACUAUCACAACCC